AUGAGUCGCCGAUUUUCAGGAAUGGCUACUGAUUUGUUUUGUACUCAUAGAAUCCUCUUUGCCCUGUUGGAGAAAGGAGGAAUAACCAUCAUUAGAGAGCUAGAAAGUAGAGGUUCUGUUCAGGAACUAACCAAAAUAUUGCUGAAAGCUAGUGGAGGAGGGCUUUUGAACGACAUCUUGGCAGAUAUAAUGGACAGGUAUUCCAAACACGACAGCAAGGAAUCACUUCGGAGAACAAUCAUGGAACAUGAUGAGGUCUUCAGACAACAGGUGCAUGAACUGCAUCGGCUAUACAGGGUACAGAAAGCACUGAUGGCUGAACUACGUGGCGAGAAGCACAGUUUCCAACUCAGAACAGAAGAUACUCGAGAAAUGGUGCAGGGCCACAGGCCAAACCUCAAGAAUAGCUCUUGUACGUCAGAGACUAGUCAAUCUGCUUGUAUUGGAAACGCACAGUACUCUGAUACUAGGCAAGCACCCGAACAGUCGUUUCUUCAAGAAUGCAAGCCAGUGUCAUGCUUAAACCUCUUCGACGAAGAAACUUCAAGAAACCAAGAAAGAAAACCAGAAAGCAGUAAAUCAGUUGAAGGUGAAAGUUGGAGUGUUUCUAUGGAAGGUGAUCUCGAUCUCAAGCUAAGCAUUGCCCCCAGUUCAAAUGCAACAAAAGCACCACACUGGCUCUUCUCCGACAGCAGGGAAAGAAACCCUUCUGGUCAGCAUCGAUGA